UUCAUCAGUUAAAGUUCAGCGCUAGCAUGGCGGCUAACGGCUACUUUAAAAGUUGGCCGGAUGUGACGUCGCCGGGGUUCGUUUCCCCUUCCGGUGGGCGUGGCCUGUCGCCUCCUCUAUGUAAACAGCUAGCAUGCUCGCUCCGCAGCCCGCCUCAGCGCAGAACUCAGAACCGGACCCGGUGUCGGUCUGACUCUCGUCUCGCUCUGCUGACUUCCUGUUUUAAGACGAAGAGAAGAAGAAACUUGUUCUGAUUGGACGGCGAGGACCCGCCCGGAGCUGUCCGUCAUGUUCAGUGUCAGAUAGAGAGGUGCGUUUGUUUUGUGAAACCAGCAGGCGGGAGACGGGCGGACACAGCAAGAUCAUUUAGGUCACUCUGGCGGCCAUGUUGGGGCCUCGGCUGCUGUCCGUCACCUCUGCCGCCACGCCGCCAUCUUGAAUCAGCGUUUAAAGUUUGACACAGCGAGCGGAGGCGGAGCUUCACGUUCUUCCUUGAGUGAUCAUAAAACGACCCGUCAUGGCGGAGUCCAGCUCGGAGCUGACCGCCGCCGAUCAGCUGAUCCAACACAACAAAGAGGAGCCGCUGCUUCCUGUCUCUAAAGAACUGAUCGUAACCGUGACAACGGAGGGGUCAGCGGUCGGGGCCGGGGUCCCGAGCAGCAAUGGCGCCGCUGACAGUCGUCUUCCCGCCAAAGUCCUGGAGGAGGAGGAGGCCACGCCCACACCGCCGGAGUCGCCAUCACUGUCGUCUGAAAACGAGACGGUCACCGCCGCCACCACAGAAGAAGACUCUCUGUCAGAUCUGCUGAGACACGCCAAGACGGACGGAGGACGAGAGACAGGUCCGGAUCUGGACCUGGAGGACAGCUCCUCUGCUGCAACAGCGGGCGGCUCGGACGACCAGCGGGAGUCCACAGACUCUGCGUCCUUCUCCAUCCCCAGCCUGGAGCUGUCCGACGGGCUGACGGCCGCAGGAAGCUCCCUGGACGUGGAGGACGGCCUGUCCUCCUCGUACUCCGCUCCGGGCGUGGAGGCGCCCAGCCUGAAGGACGACGAGACGCUGGAAGCCGCCGGGGGCGCCGUGGCUGCAGCUGCUCCUCCUCCUGCCUCCUCCUCAGCUGCUGCUCCUGAGGCCGGGCCGUCCAUGCCGGCGUAUUACCUGGUGAAGUGGAUCACCUGGAAGGAGAAGAAGACGCCCAUCAUCACUCAGAGUGAGAACGGACCCUGCCCCCUGCUGGCCAUCAUGAACACACUGUUCCUGCGCUGGAAGGCUAAGCUUCCCGCUCAGACUGAAGUCGUCACCACUGAGGACCUGAUGGCUCACCUGGGCGAGUGUGUGUUGUCUGUCACGCCCAGAGAAAAGGCUGAUGGGAUGGAGCUCAACUUCCAACAGAACAUGAGUGAUGCCAUGGCGGUGCUCCCGAAGCUCUCCACCGGUCUGGACGUGAACGUCCGCUUCACCGGAGUGACGGACUUUGAAUACACACCUGAGUGUAUCGUGUUCGACCUGCUCGACAUCCCGCUGUACCACGGCUGGCUGGUCGACCCACAGAGUCCAGAGAUGGUGGCAUCAGUCGGGAAACUGAGCUACAACCAGCUGGUGGAGAAAAUCAUCGACUACAAACACUCUGCAGACAGCAGCCGAGUCAGCGAAGGUCUGGUGGCUGAACAGUUCCUCGAGUCGACGGCGACUCAGCUGUCGUAUCACGGUCUGUGUGAACUCAACACGGCGGCCAAAGAGGGAGAGAUCUCCGUGUUCUUCAGGAACAACCACUUCAGUACCAUGAUCAAACACAAGGGCCACCUGUACCUGUUGGUGACGGAUCAGGGCUUCCUUCAGGAGGAGCGUCUGGUCUGGGAGUCUCUUCAUAACGUCGAAGGAGACGGAAACUUCUGUGACUCCGACUUCAGGCUGUGUCAUCCUCCACAGAGAGCUCCGCCCACCGCCGCCCUGCCGCCCAGCGCCCAGGAGCAGCAGAGACAGAUCGACCAGGACUACCUGGUGGCGGUGUCCCUGCAGCAGCAGCAGGGCGGGGCCCCGGGGCCACUCAGCGACUUGGAGUUAGCCCGGCAACUCCAACAGGAGGAAUACCAGCAACAGCAGCAACUCCAGCAACAGCAGCAACAGCAACAGGGAUCACUGCAGGCAGCACAGGUCAGAGGUCAGGGGUCGCAGCAGGGCGGAGCCAGGAGGAGAGACAAGGACUCAGACUGUGUCGUCCUAUAGAGCCAUCAUCAUCAUCAUCAUCAUCAUCAUCAUCAUCAUCAUCACCAUCAUCAUCACACACAGCUCGAUGCCAAACAGUGCUCAGUGCUUUGUUAUAAACACUUUUAAUGCUCAUGAAGAGUUAACGAGGUUAUUAAUGAUCAGUCAUUAUUUAUUAAUGCUUCAUCGUGACGUUUGAACUCUUCAAAUAAUUCAAUAAUAAACUUUGUCUGUGUCUGAAAGCUGAA